AUGAGAGCUGGAGACCUUGGAACUGGAAGAGAGGGAGAAUGGGAAAGGGAGGGAGGAAAAUGCAAAGAGAUUUUUAGAUGGGAGGAAGAUAUAGGGAUAGAGAAAGAAGAUAGUGAGAAAGAAGAUAGUGAGACAGAGAUUAUAGGAACGGGGAGAGAUGGAACAGGAAAGAAAGAUGGAGAGAGAGAAUUAGAGAUGAAAGGGGAGGAGGGUAUCAAUUUUCAGACGAUAGCGUGUAAAAUAUGUGGGGACAGGUCGUCAGGUGUACAUUACGGUAUCAUCUCAUGUGAGGGAUGCAAGGGUUUCUUCAGGAGGUGUUUAAGAAGACAAAAAGAGUAUGUCUGUGUACGUGGAGGAAAGUGUGAAAUCAGUAGACAACAUAGAAACAGAUGUCCUGCCUGCCGCUACAAGAAGUGCCUUGAACUUGGAAUGUCCAAAGAUGCUGUGAGAAUCGGCAGAAUUCCAAACAAACAGAAGGAGACGGAGUUCGUCGACAUCGAACCCUACAUCUUCGAGGAGAUCAAGGACGAUGAGGACUUCGAUCCUUUCAAAGACAUCAAGAUCGAUGCGGAAACAGAGGAGCUCAUCAUCGCCGUCAGGGAUGCUCACCAAAGCACAGCAAAGUUCUAUCCCGAGUUUGAUGACUUCAGGGAGGGAAGAUGGGAGAAGGAUCCGGAAGAGCUGAAGAGAGUAGCAGAUAGACUUUCAAUAGAUAGUAUGGAUGGUAUUCAGAUGUGGUGCUCCAUAGUCACUCAGGCAUUAGCAGCGUAUAUCAAGAGAAUCGUCACCUUCUGCAAACACAUACCAGGUUUUGCAUUAUUAUGUCAGCAAGACCAGAUGGUCCUCGUCAAGUCGGGUCUCUUCGAGAUCCUAACCAUCCAGGAUUCCAUAGAACUGAUCCUCUACGAUGCCUUUGUCCUCAACGAGGAUAUCCGCAUCUCGAAGGAGAACAUCAUGAAGUUCAUGCCGGUGGAGCUCUUUCAGGGCAUCUACACCUUCGCAGAGAGACUCAACGUGAAGCUAAGACUCACCAAGACUGAGAUUGCCCUGCUAUCAGCGGUAGUGCUUUUCGCAGACGAUCGAGAAGGCCUCCAGGAUGUCAUCAGUGUGAGUCGCAUCCAAUCCCGCCUACUGACGGCCCUGCACAUCGAGGUCAUCCGCAACCACCGAUCCGACCCUCACAUGUUCGCCAAGUGCCUGCUGCUCCUUCCGAUGCUCAGGACAGUAGAUGACUUCCAUAACCAGUUCAUCAUCAGGCUCAAGCUGGGAAGCAGCAACUUGCCAAUGUCCGAACUCUACAAGGAGGUUUAUGACCUUGGCUCCUUCAACGGCAGUAGCCGCAGCCAAAGUGAAGACGGUGGCGCUGCCUCUGCGACCACCAAGACUACGGAAAGUGAUGAUGAAUUCAAGAUGUGCAAGAAGAAAGCAGCAGCGGUAGCCGCCGUGACUGCAUCUACAACCGCUCUACCUCCUACGCUUUGUGAGAUGAAGCAGCCGACGAUGUGCGGACGGAAGCAGCAAGCCGUGCGGGAACUGUCAUCGCAGGCUGUCUAUGGCAACGUGGUGAUCAAGGAAGAGAAUGACACGUUACUGAUGACGCAUUGUUCGCUAUAACUGGUCUCAAUGCCUGCAUGGCGAUACCAUCUAGUCGUAUCUUUAUAAAGGGACAUCUAGUCACCUCUUAUAUUAGGACAAUCUAGUUAUCUCUUUAUAGAGGGUCACCUAGCCAUCUCUUUAUAGAGGGACAUCUAGUCAUGUCUUCAUACAGAGACAUCUAGUCAUCUCUUUAUAUAUAUAUAUAUAUAAAGGGACAUCUAGUUGUUUCAUUAUAGAGAGACAUCUAGCCAUCUCUCUAUAGGGGAUUAAUGCCACUAGAGGCACUAUGUGGUCUAAGACCGCAAAGUUCCCUAGGAGAAGUCUUUAGAAGACUUCAGUAAUGCACCCUGGCUAGUAAACGUUUUAGAGAACAGAUUCCAGGUAAAUCCAAAGAAACAAGCAACAUUACUAUCCUGCCAGAAUUUUGAGAUGUGGGACUCGUCUUGGGAUUGUGGUCUUCCAGUAAGGAUCGUCAUUCCCAUCAUUUGUCCUCUUAAGGAUGCGGAACACAGUUCACCCAGGAACCUUGUACCUUAAAGUUGUCGACACACCUUGCAGUUUCUCCAAGUGGAACUAAAGUAAUUCCUCGUAGAGAAGCCAUUGGUUCUGAACACGAAGUUUAUGAAGUUCCAUUGAUAAUUGAAUCAAAACAGAGUUUGUGUCCUGACUGUCUCCUAGGAAGCUUCCUCGAGUUUGUGGACAUCCGCUUUUGCAAGAGUGUCUUUGGAUAGUUAUCCUGUAAUCACCACAAGGUAUGUCUCCCAUCAAUAAGACAGUGAAGGUCCAUAACGACCACAUGUGUCCACCAAAACUGACAUCCGCCUUGAGAAACUGAAGCUGGAGCAACUAAAAUGAGUUAUUGAACAUCCUGUCCGGUAUUCCCUCAUCAGGAUGCUCUUGCCCAGUGAGAAUACAUUUGGAGUUAAUAUAUUCUCUUCAUGUUAAAAUGCUAUAGGUGUUGUACUGCCCUCGUUCGCCAGUAACAUGAAAGUUUUGUGCAGGUUCAAAGAGUUCAUUGUUUGAGAUUUUGUCCACGGCUGGUGUUAUUUGGCAAAGUAUUAUAAUAUCGGUUUGGGCUUUAUUCAUAAGUAAGUUGGUUAUUUUGUACCAAGUUAUUCCUCUCUGCCAAAAAGUAAACUGGAAGUGUAUUUAAAUUGGGGCUCAAUCAAUUGCAAAUGAUUUCUUGCAACUCUUUGAGUCUAGUUGAUUCGGAGGAGAUCUCGGGAGCGUUUCAUGAAACAAAUAGUUAUUUUCACUGACUAUUUGUUAUAAGCUACUGAAAUCCUUGCAUCUGAUUUGCUCAUAGCAAAUUUGUCAGUAAAAAUCACUGUCAAGUUGCUUUAUGAAACGCCUCCCUCCACUGAGUUCACAGUGGGCACCCAUAUCCAGAAGAUUUUAGGAUUCCAUAGUUACAUAGUUUUAGAAAGAAAUGAUCGUUAUAGAUUGAACUAAAAGUUGUUAUACAUGAGUGUGUGAUGCAAAAGGAAUUUCAGUGUGAAUGUAUGACAGGGGGACCGCAACAAGCUCCGCAAGGUCAAAGUUCAUCCCGUCAUAAAGACAUUUCUCAGGUUUGUGAUCUUCAAUCAAAUUGAUGUUUAUCAUUGAAUGUUUGGCAUUGGUGUAAUUGUUAUCUUGUCUUAAACUUCAUUAGCAAUGAUGUGUGUUAUUGUCCAUGAUAGGCUAGGGUGGAAGGCAGACGCAAGCUAUGAAUUUCAAACACUUUGCCGACGAUUCAUCAUUUUCUUUAUGUAAGCAUCGUAAGAGUCAGAGUUUGUGUUUGAAUGUGAGUUUUGAGAGAGAACACAGAUCAAACUCUUGAAUUCCCACCUGUUUUGUGUAAAAAAAAUGAUAAAAUAAGAUUCUUUCCUAAGAAGAAAAAAAUAGGAUAACACGUCUUGCCCUUGAAAAGUGCAAGUUAGAUUUCAGUAAUAUUAAAACUCAUCAGUUAGGCUGUAAGCCGGAUAAAAUGAUCUCCAGUAUGUAAUACUCGAUCAAAAAAAUUAUUGUAAAUUAGACUAUUUCUAAUGUUUUUGGUCAUUAAAUGAAGUUAAAAUUAUUAAUUCCAUUCAGAUGAAUUGUUUGAGGACACCAUGGCAGUUUUUCAGAUUUAGAAAUGUAGCGUUACAUUUGUAAGAUAUGUUUAAUUUUAAUGAAUCUUAUUCAUUGUAUUUUAUUUAUGUUUUGCUGUCAUAGGGGUCAGUUAUGGCUUUUUAUGUAUUUUUUAAUAUAGUUUUUGAAUCAUCAAAGGAAAGUGGGUUUUUUUUCUUUUAAUUCAACACAGACAAUAUUAUUAGCUUUUUCUGUGUUUCAUUUGAGAAAUAUGUAUAUAUUCAGAGCUUACUGUUGCCAUUUUUUUUUUCAUUCAAGAAAUUUAUAUUUACUCUUAAAAUGUGAGCUUAUAUAUGAUAAAACUUGGCACUACUGCGAUCGUCACGUCUUUACGUAUACAAGGGUUAUACAUUACAUGUAUGUGUAACUGCUAUAAGCUUUAAAAAAUAUUGGCUAGAUAAUCAUAAGUUUUUCAAGUAUCACAAAUAUUGAAUGAAAAGAAAUUAACACUGAGUAGUCUUCUUACAAGAAGUUUUGAUUUUCACUUAAAAUUAAAUUUGUGUACUGAUUGCUUUUCUUACAUUGUCGCCCCAUCCCCAAAAAUAUAAAUGAAUAAAUAAAUUAAUAAAGAAAUUUAGGCCAGGUCAAAUUUAAACACAAUUCUUGUCUGUCUAAUAGUAACACUGCAUUAUCUUCUGAAGAAAUUUGUUAUUCAAUCAAUAAGCAAUGUACGUAGAUUGAUUUUGUCCUAGCACUCCUUGAAAUAUAAAAUCUCUGAAAUAUUUUGAAACAACUCAUGAAAUAUAGAAAAUAAACUCGUAACCAAUAACAACUCUUUUUUUUUCCAUUUAUUGCCAAAUUUUAGUUAAUGAGUCUGUUCAAUGUUCUGGUAGAAUCAACUCAUUCAUGCGUUUUUUUUAACUUGAAGAUUGAAUAUCUCCUAUUAUAAUGUAUUUCACGCUGAAAUAAUGUACUAUGUAAUGUAGAUGCUGUAAACACUGUUAACACAGAUAAACUUAGAAUGAAUUUCUCCAAGAAUUAUAGUAUUUGGAAUAUAUUCAAUUUCUGGUGUUUUUGCAAUCAAUCAAACAUAGUCACAAAAAGUAAGGCUACAAAUUAAUCACAACAGUUUUGUCAAAUGCCAAGAUUUUUAUAGUGAUUUACGAUUUGCAAAGUUGUCUUGCCAAAGUAAAAAGGCCAUCAGCUUUCUAAUGUCUGUUGACCUGUUAAUUUCUGGAUUCUGUCAUUUUAAUUUUUUUUGUACAUGAAUCACCUUAUUCUAGUGAGCAAUAGGUUAACCUUUUAACAACUGAAUUAAGUAAUUCCUGUAGGCUUAAUGGGUGGUUUACGUGGUUCCAUAUGUCAAUGGGUUAACGGUUCUUCCUGUGUUGGUAUCAUGGAUAGUAAGAGAAAUACUGAAAAGAAAUCAUUCAAAAUACUUUUCAUGAAUUCAAUAUAUUUCCUGAAAUUAAGUGAAUUAUUUUUAGAAAUUAGUCCCUAAUUUGGCACUCCAUGUAUAAUAUGAAGUCAACUGAAAUACAGUUAUGAAUUCAAAAUCUCAGAACUAAGAAAAUUAAUUUUCAUGAAAAUGGGAACCGGCGAAUUCAAAGUCAUCAAACUUGGUAAAAUUCAGUUGCAUUUCAUGAAUUUGAUAUUACAUUUUCCCUAUAACAGGAAUCAUUCAAAUUCUCUGAUCUAAGAGAAUUAAAUACAGUUUAUGAAUUUCAUUCUUUUUCCUUAAAGUGGAAUCUGGACAGAGAAAUUCCAUACAUGGUUUAUGGACUUGAUAUGACAUUUUGACAACAACAUGUAACAACAAAUCAAAUUUCCAAUCUCAAUUAAAUUGGAAUGCAGUUUAUAAAUUGGAUAUUACAUUUUCCAUAAAAUUUGAAUCAAUUAAUGAAAAUUCUCCAAACUAUAUAAUUCAAUGUCAGUUCAUGCAUUUUAUAUAAAUCAGAAUUCAAUCAAUUUAUGAAUUUGAUAUUAGAUUACAUUGAUCCUUUAACCAAUCUUUAAAGUACCUCGCUCUAUUAUUAUCUAAUUUAUGCUUUUAGCAUUUUAUCAAUAAUGACAAUAUAUAUGUACAUCACAUGGGAUUUUGAAUAUAGUGUUCUGUUGUUUACAAAUUUCUUUUACACCAUUUUAUAUUUUCAUGAAUAUUUAGCUCUUUCUUUCUUUUAUUUCAUUACCCGUCUUCUGAAAUUCUCCUUGUCUGAAAUUUGAGUGACUCCUUUUUUCCUGUAUUAAAACCAUAUCUUCUUCCGUUGUUUGUUUUUCAAUGUUUUUAUUUCAUCAUUGAGAUAAUCAAUUUUGACUGAAAUUUCUAUAAGGAAAUACGGGGAGCCAUUUUGUAUUGAAUAUUGUUCUAUUAUUCUCACAAAGAUUAGAUGUAAAACAAUACAUGAAUGAUGAUAAGGAAUACUCUGGUAUCAGUCAGGCUGAUAGGAACAUUUUCAACAAUAUUUUGAUAACUUCAUUGCUUGUUUCUUUUUUCUUUUUAAUCUCUUUUGA